AUGGCGACUAACUCUGAGAACCCUAUUCCGUUCUCGGAACCCCCAUACCUUUGCGGUCUCCCUUCCCCGUACUAUACUGAAGCCCACCGGACAUUUCAGAAGGCAUGCCGCGCAUUUAUGUGGGAAAAUUUGACGUCCCAUGCCUUUGAGUGGGAGCGCGAGGGGACCGUCCCAGAGCAUGUCUGGCAGACGUUCGCGAAACAUAAUAUGCUGGUUCCCAAUCUACCUUCUCCUCUACCCGUCGUGUGGCUAAAGAAACUUGGCAUUAAUGAUAUCCUUGGGGUUAAAGUGGAGGAUUGGGACUUGAUAUAUACUGGAAUCUAUUUAGAUGAGAUGCGCCGUUCAGGAUUGAGCGGUCCUUCAAGCUCUCUUAGCGCUGGAAUGGCAUACGGUGUUCCACCAGUUCUCAAAUUCGGCAGCCCUGAGCUCCAGGAACGAUUCCUGCCCGAUCUCUUGACCUGUAAGAAACGAACUUGUAUUGCCAUCACGGAGCCUGACGCUGGAAGCGACGUUGCCAACAUCACAACGAGGGCCACAAAAAGCGCUGAUGGGAAACACUAUAUCAUCAACGGUUCCAAGAAAUGGAUCACAAAUGGAAUCUGGGCAGACUACACCACCAUGGCCGUGCGAACUGGCGGCCCAGGUCCGAGUGGCCUAUCCAUCAUGGUUGUCCCAUUGAAAAACUAUCAUGGGGUAACCAUGCGCCGAUUCUCAGUUACCGGCCAAGCCUGCAGCGGCACCACUUUCAUAGAGCUCGAUGAUGUCAAAGUCCCCGUCGAGAACCUCAUUGGCCAAGAAGGCAUGGGAAUGAAAUACAUCAUGACCAACUUCAACCACGAGCGCCUUACCAUCACCAUCGCGGUGACUCGCCAGGCUCGUGUAGCCCUCAGUGCUGCUUUCGGGUAUUGUCUGAAGCGCGAAGCUUUCGGAAAGACGUUGAUGGAUCAGCCUGUCGUUCGACAUCGCCUUGCAAAGGCCGGUGCUGAACUGGAGGCUAUGUGGGCGUGGGUUGAGCAGUUCUUGUACCAACUGAAUAAUAUGUCCAAGGAGCAGGCCGAUUUCCGGCUGGGAGGACUGACAGCGCUCGCUAAAGCGAAGGCUGGUAUGGUCCUGAAUGAGUGUGCUCAGGUUGCCGUGCUGCUAUUUGGAGGCAGUGGCUUAACAAGAACUGGACAGGGAGAGAUUGCUGAGCGUAUAUAUCGUGAAGUUCCCGGUGCCCGCAUUCCCGGGGGCUCAGAGGAUGUUUUGCUCGAUCUCUCAGUGCGACAGCUAGUUAAAGUCUUCAAAACACAGUCACAACAGCGAUCCAAAAUAUGA